AUGACACUCUCGACACGUGCCCAGGCAACUGGUGACAAGGCCAAAGGCGCCCUUAUCUGGGAAAUAAUCCCCAACCUCUGGGACCCUAAGAGUAAUCCGGACGGAUAUGUUAGUCUCGGUGUUGCCGAGAAUUCGCUCAUGCACGACGAAAUCUCUAAGCACAUUCACGACUACUUUGCCCUUUCGCGUGCGGCUUUCACGUAUGGCGAUGGCAUGACCGGGUCGAAACGGCUCAAGAAAGCUAUCGCACACUUCCUCAACAGACACCUCAAACCUAUUCGACCUCUUGAGCCAGCGCACGUUGAUGUUACCAACGGAUGUAGCUCUGCUAUUGAGCACCUCUCUUGGGCCCUUGCCAACCCCGGCGAGUGUUUCCUCCUAGGUCAGCCCUACUACGGCACAUUCGCCCCGGAUCUGACCCUUCGAUUCGGGGCCAAGCUACUGCCCGUUCCAUUCGAGGAAAUCGAUCCCUUGUGCGAAGAUGCCAUUGGCAGCUACGAGAAAGUCUUGCUAGAUGCUCAUGCCCAGGGCCUGAAGGUGUCUGGCCUCAUCAUUAGCCACCCACACAACCCCCUGGGACGAUGCUAUCCUCAAGAGGUCUUGAUUGGUCUCAUGAAACUCUGCGAGAAGUACGGAGUUCAUUUCAUCAGUGACGAGAUCUACGCCCUCUCCGUCUGGGACAACGCUGUUGACAGCCCUGCGCCAACCCCCUUCGAGUCAGCACUUACUAUCGACUCAACUGACAUUAUCGACCCUUCCCGUGUUCAUGUCAUCUGGGGCAUGUCCAAGGAUUUCGGCGCCAACGGUCUUCGAAUUGGAGUCAUCAUCUCCCAAUCAAACCCCGCUCUGCACGCUGCCAUGAUUGCUGUCGGCCUUUACAGCUCGCCGUCAUCUCUCUCUGAACAUGCCACCGUAAACCUGCUUGAAGAUGACGCUUGGACUGAUGCCUACAUCAAGACCAACCAAAAGAGAUUAUCAGACAAGUACACUUCGGUGGUCCAAUGGGCCAAGAAGAAUCAUAUCCCAUACGCCCCGAGGGUGAAUGCAGCCUUCUUCUUGUGGCUGGACCUUGGAAAGUUUUACCUCUAUCAUCACAUCCUUCCUGAUGGACGGGAUGUCGGAGAUGUCGUUGCGCAAAGACUACUGGCGAAAAAGGUCUUCCUUGCAUCAGGAAAGGACUUUGGAUCGGAAAAGAAGGGGUGGUUUAGAAUUGUCUUCUCGCAAGACGAAACCAAUCUUAACGAGGGCUUGGAUAGAACUGUUGCUGCGCUCCGUUAG